CUUCUCCUCCCUCUUCUUCCCUCUUCUCCUUCUCCUCUCCAAUCGUCUUCAUUGGGUGCAGAUCAUGUCUUGAUCGAGCGCUGCCAUCUGUCACAGGCUCACCCAGAUCAGGAGUGACGGCUUAGCGAGUCUCCGGACCCUGGACCUGUGUCGAUGCUUCUGCUAUGUCCUCCGCAGCGCAUCACAGUCAUCCGCCCACCGGGAAUGGGGUGACUAAGCGCAAGUCAGGCGCCGCGGCCUGCGUUCACUGCCAUCGACGCAAAGUCCGAUGUGAUGCCCGCAUCGUUGGCCUUCCGUGCUCCAAUUGCCGGUCCGCGGGAAACUCGGAUUGCCGAAUCCACGAGAAAAAGAAACGUUUGACUGUGCGAUCCAUCCUCGAUCCCGUUCCUAUCCGCUGUCGACCUCCUGUUUCGGAGCCUACACACAAACCGUUGCCUGCCACGGCGACAACCCCACCUAGCGCUUUCACCACCGCCUUCCGCACCAUUCAACCGGAAGGGACGCCUUCAGUUGCGCAUCCGACCUCCAGCCUCCAUACCCUUCACCAUACCCUUAAUCAUAAUGUUAAUCACCACCCUCCGCAUCAUGGCACCCGGCCAACCGCGGAAUCCCCCGUAUAUAGCCGUCCCGCAGGCCCUGAUGCGUCGACCGAGCAAGACUCGCAUGCGGAGUUGGAGAAACGACUCGUAAAGCUUAUCGAUGAGGAGGAAUCGGGCAGUCGGGAAAUCCAGAGGGGUGUCCGAGCGAUUUAUGUGGGCCAUGAACUGUCCAAUAUGUCCUUCUUGAUCCGUCAGCAGCGCGACAAGGAUGACGACGUGUAUCACUUUGCGGGCAAUGAGAUUCCACGACGGCAGCUGAGGACAGGACACGAUCAGCUCCUCAUGGAUGCUCUUACGUUGCCGGAACCGGUUUUAGCCGAUGAGCUGGUGCAAGCUUACUUUGACCAUGUCAACCCGGGGUAUCCCAUCGUCGACGAGGACCUGUUCAUGGCCCAGUAUCGGAAUCGGGACCCCGCGGAUCCACCACCGAUAUUGCUGCUACAGACAAUCCUUCUAGUUGGAGCUCAUGUCACUCGUCCGAAGGCGGAGCGCGAUGCUCUAAAGGACAUUUUCUUUCGUCGUGCCAAAUGGCUAUUUGAUUGCCGCAUCGAACGAAACCGCGAUAUCCUAGUGCAGGCUGCCCUGCUCAUGACUUGGCAUUCAGACGGUGCUGACGAUGACGUUGCAGCUAACGCGCAUUAUUGGGUUGGGGUAGCUGCGAGGAUCGCCACGGGCCUUGGAAUGCACCGCAAUCCUGUCUCCAGCCGAUUUGUAUCCCGCGACCGCCGAAUGUGGAGGAGACUGUGGCACAUCCUAGUCCAGUUUGAUGUUAUGGUGUCUCUCUCAUACGGUCGCCCGCAGGCUAUCAACCUGGAAGAUUGUGAUGUAUCUGCAUUGACGGUUUCCGACUUUGAAGGCUGCGGGCCUCGUGCCCAAUCCGACUACGUGAUCCAUUUCUCCGAACUUUCUGUUAUGAUUUCGUACAUUAUUCGAAACCGCUUCGGGUUGCGAGUGAGCGCGGAGCGUCGCAAGGCCGUCCUGCAAGAAGCCGACGAAGCGCUGGCCAAUUGGUCUUUGAAGCUGCCUGAUAAGCUGCGUCUCCGAGCAUCCGACAUGGACCCGUGGUCCGCCAUGCUCCAUCUGACCUAUAACAACUUCCUCAUCCUCCUCCACCGUCCGCAUCCGAGGGCAUCUGCCUACUCGGAUGACUAUGGGCCCCACGACGCAGAGAUUUGCAGCGCAGCAGCCGGAGUCAUCACCUCCAUCUUCGAAGAACUCCGUUUAAACGAUCGCCUCAAGUUCCUCUGGUACUCUGGCGUCCACACUCUCUUUACCGCCAUGAUCCAAGUACGAGUAGAACUUCGCUUCUCCAACCCCGUUCUUGCAAUCAACGCCCUUCGUCGCUUCGACUCGGCCUCAUACUCUCUCCGCGAAUUAGCCGGCUACUGGUUCCACGCCAGCACCAUCCUCCGGCUGUUCGAAGACUCCAAGCGUCUCCAAGAAGAUCUUCGAAUGGCCACAAGCGAACGUCCCCGCCGCUUCAGCAACCCUCAGGACCAGGUCAAAAACACCCACAACUCGACAUCCACCUCCACCACCACUACUACUACCAUGCAGACCCCCCAACCAACAGACCGCCCCCUCCCAUAUGAAGUUCCUACCCCCGACUCCACGCACCUUACCACCACAUCGACAAGCCCACAUCACCCUCAACCCCAUCAACUAGAUACCUGGAUUCCACCACCAUUCACCACCAUGACCCCAGUCGUCGAAGCCAUCGACGCACCCCGAGAAUCCCUCGACUGGCGACAACUCUUCUCCUUCACCGAUCUAGAACAGCCCGUCCUCCCCAUGGCCAUGGAGGGACUCCCCGAACUCGAGGACGAGUGGCGUCAAAUCUACUGGCAAGAGACCCCAAUGGCAGACCUUCUCCAGGACGGAGGCUGGAUGCACAGUUAGGCUGAGAAGAAAAGUAUGCAACAUGUAUCGGGGAACGAUUCUGUUAUCUACGUUUGUUUGUUUGUUCAUUCAUUUCUCUGCCGAAUUAGCGAUUUCGCCAAUCUUCAUCUUCUGGCUGGUUAGAUUGGCACUCACGACAACGAUUACGAUCAUGACAUUUUGUUUCUGCUGUCUAUACUCCUCCGUACUUUUGGUUCAAUCGACUCUAGUGGAUGUUACGUGACUGUUUUUGACUUCUUUCCUAAUGAGAUCACGUCCCGCAGCGUAAAUCAUAAAUGAAUAAAUACCCUAUCUA